UAAGGUAAAGGCCAGAAACUUCGUGUCUUGAAUAACCAUCCCUAUAUCUUCUUCCCUUCGUCACUGGCUGGCAGUGAGCUAGAAAGAAAGAAAGAAAGAAAGAAAGAAUAAGAUCACCAUUUUCGUCAUGGGCAAGUGCUACCCUACAGUGAGCGAAGAGUAUCAGAAGGCAGUGGAGAAAUGCAAGAGGAAGCUCAGAGGACUCAUCGCUGAAAAACACUGCGCUCCCCUCAUGCUCCGAUUAGCAUGGCACUCUGCUGGUACUUUUGAUGUGAAUACCAAGACAGGAGGGCCAUUUGGGACGAUCAGACACCCAGAUGAGCUUGCUCAUGGAGCUAACAAUGGUCUUGAUAUUGCUGUCAGGCUUUUGGAACCCCUCAAAGAACAGUUCCCCAACUUGUCUUAUGCUGACUUCUACCAAUUAGCUGGUGUUGUUGCUGUUGAAGUUACUGGAGGGCCUGAGGUUCCUUUUCACCCUGGGAGACCAGACAAGUCUGAUCCACCUCCAGAAGGUCGCUUGCCUGAUGCAACCAAAGGUUCAGACCAUUUAAGGGAUGUCUUUGGCCACCAUAUGGGUCUCAGUGACAAAGAUAUUGUUGCCUUGUCCGGUGGUCACACUCUGGGAAGGUGCCACAAGGAGCGUUCUGGAUUUGAGGGACCCUGGACCCCCAACCCUCUUGUUUUCGACAACUCCUAUUUCAAGGAACUCCUCAGUGGAGAGAAAGAAGGUCUUAUCCAGCUCCCGUCAGAUAAAACCCUUCUGGAGGAUCCAGUCUUCCGCCCCCUUGUUGAAAAAUAUGCUGCAGAUGAGGAUGCCUUCUUUGCAGAUUAUGCUGAAGCUCAUUUGAAGCUCUCAGAGCUUGGGUUUGCGGAGGCAUAUUGAGGACUGGAAUUAGGCUCAUGCAGCUGCUGUUGUGUGUCUUAUUGCUGGAAGCUGGUCUAUUUUCAUAGUUAUUUUUUAGACUAGAUAAGAUAUAUGAAUUGUGUGAAGAUGGGAAUGUUGUUGGUCCAUAUUUGUGUGUUUCUGGGUUCUGUGGGAUUGUAAGCAAGCUGCCUUAUAUGUAGUACUGGAAGAUGGAAUUGUAAAGCUUUGUGUUGGUCCUCUUGAGUCUUAAACUAGCCAGCUUUAUGGUUUGGCCAAUAAAGUAUGGUAGUUGCCAUUCAUGGAUUAUAA